AUGUCUCGUCCAAGAAUGACAGCCCUCCCAGCGGUCAUUAUUGACAAUGGAUCUGGGUUGUGCAAGGCAGGGAUUUCAGGCGAGCAGGCACCAAGAACAGUUGUCGCUUCUGUAGUCGGCUAUCCCAAAUCGAAAGCCAUUAUGUUUGGCCCAGUGCAGAGGCAAUAUUACGUUGGAAGGGAAGCCCACGCCAAGAGAGGGAUCUUAUCAUUCAAAUAUCCAAUAGAGCAUGGAAUAGUGACAUCCUGGGAUGACAUGGAAAAGAUCUGGAGCUACAUAUACAGCCGGGGUCUCCGGAUGAGAGCGCAGGAUAGGCCAGCGUUGUUGACAGAGGCCCCCAUGAACCCCGCAUCCAACCGGGAAAAAAUGACCGAAGUCAUGUUCGAGCAUUUCCAGGUUCCUGCCCUCUUUGUAGGCCUGCAACCUCUCAUGGCUCUCUACGCUUCAGCGCGCACAACGGGCCUAGUCUUAGAUAGCGGAGACGGUGUCACCCUGACAGUCCCAAUCUACAAAGGACAUUGCUUGCUUCAUGCCAUUUCGAGAAUCAACUUUGCCGGCCGGGAUAUCACCAAGUACUUAGCGACGCUUCUCUUGGAGACUGGGCAUAGCUUCCUGAGCUCUUCGGAGCAGGAGAUCGUCAAGGACAUCAAGGAGAACCUGUGCUAUGUCUCUUUAGAUCCAAGCAACCAGAAGGAGAAAGGCUUGGUUCAUACGUAUACUCUCCCUGAUGGGAGUCCGGUCAAGAUUGGUGAGCAGCUCUUCAAAGCUCCAGAGUCCCUUUUUCGCCCAACGGAUGCCGGCAUCGCCGCCCCUGGGAUCCAGCAAAUGAUCUUGGAUAGCAUCUCCAGAUGCGAUGGGAGCAUCCACCAGGACAUCUGGAAGAACGUGGUCAUCGCAGGUGGUUCCACCCUUUUUGCUGGCCUAAGCGAAAGACUUCUGAAAGAGCUCCACGCUCUUGCUCCUAAAAGGAUGUUGCCCAACGUCGAAGCGCCCGAAGAUCGGAUGCAUUCCGUCUGGAUCGGCGCUUCGGUGCUCACCAGUUUGCCGUCCUUCCAGGAGAGGUGGGUCACCCAGAAGGAGUACAAAGAAGUGGGCUCCACUGUACUGCAGAAGAAAUGCAUCUGA